AACGCGUACAUGCGAAAAGUGACAGACAGAGUCUGCUGACAGUAACAACGAUCUGUCCGCUCGGAGCUGAUCACAUUAAGUUGUGUUCCUAAUUAUCGUGUUACCUUUCAAACUUCACUCUAUUCAUCUUUUAGUGGGGAGUUUUAAUUCACGUAAAAUGGUGUUUUACUUCACAAGUGCCGUGGUGGAGCCUCCCUACACAAUCUACAUGGGAAAGGACAAGUAUGAAAAUGAGGAUCUUAUCAAGUACGGAUGGCCUGAAGACAUCUGGUUUCAUGUGGACAAACUGUCCUCGGCUCACGUUUACUUGAGGUUGCCAAAGGGUCAUGCCAUAGAUGAUAUUCCCCCAGAGGUGCUGAUAGACUGUGCGCAGCUAGUGAAAAACAACAGCAUCCAAGGUUGUAAGAUGAACAACAUCAACGUGGUUUACACACCGUGGGCCAACCUGAAGAAAACCGGAGACAUGGAUGUAGGACAGAUCGGCUUCCAUCGACAGAAAGAGGUGAAGAUCGUGGCGGUGGAGAAGAAGAUCAAUGAGAUCGUAAACCGUCUGGAGAAAACAAAAGUAGAACGCCUCCCCGACCUGGCGGCAGAGAAAGAGUUGAGAGACAGAGAGGAGAGGAACGAGAAGAAAGCUCAGCUCCAAGAACAGAAGAGGAGAGAGAAGGAAGAGCAGAAGAGGAAAAAAGAGAUGGAGGAUCUCAGGAACUAUACGUCACUGAUGAAGGAUGAAAAUAUGAAGACUAAUGAGGAUGGCUACGAUUCAGAUGACUUCAUGUAAGAGGUGAAGAUGAGUCAGCAAGCAGACAGACUCCUCCUCCACCACUCAGAUCUGCUGCCAGG